UUGCUUUUCCAUCUUCUCUUUCUACUCCUGCACUGCCUACACCCACCCACCAACACAAACUACAACUAUGGCCGCUCCCCAAGCUACUCUCGGUGCCGACAUCGAGCCUCCCGCUACCGAUCUCAUCACCCUCACCAGGCAUAUCUUGUCCCAGCAGCGCGCUCUGGGCGUUGACGCCUCUGGCGACCUGACCUUGCUUCUUAUUGCUAUCCAGGUGCGUAGUGUUCUUCUUGGAGUUUGCCAGACGCAGAGAGAAUUGUCCAAGAGGUCCGGGCUGAUGAUUCUUCCUUUGUGCGCUACUCCACUCGCUUUGUCCUUGUUCCUUUGUCCCCGUUCAUCAAUGCUACGCUUCAUUCAACCUCCAGGUCACCUCAAAAUACAUUGCUACCAACGUCCGUAAAGCCCGUUUGAUCAACCUCGUCGGUCUUGCCGGUGCCGAGAACGUCCAAGGCGAGGACCAGAAGAAGCUCGAUGUGCUGUCCAACGACAUUAUGGUCAACGCUCUGAGGGCUUCUGGAAAGUGCAGUGUGAUGGUCAGUGAGGAGGUUGAGGAAGCUAUCAUUGUCGGUGGCUCCAAGGGUACUUACUGUGUCGUGUUUGACCCCCUUGACGGUUCAAGUAACAUUGACGCCGGUGUCAAUGUCGGUACCAUCUUUGGUAUCUACAAGGUCCAAGAUGGUGCUAAGCCCUCCGUCAAGGACGUCCUCCGCCCCGGUAAGGAUAUGGUCGCUGCCGGUUACACCAUGUACGGUUCUUCCUGUAACCUCGUCCUCUCCGCCGGCCAAGGUGUCGACGGCUUCACCCUUGACGAAGGUCUCGGAGAGUUCAUCCUCACCCACCCUUCGAUCCAAAUCCCCAACCGCGGCAAGAUCUACUCUUUCAACGAGGGUAACGCCCAGCACUUUUACCCCCCCACCAACGACUAUUUGAAUUCUAUCAAGUUCCCUGAGAACAACAAGCCUUAUAGUGCUAGGUACAUUGGUUCGAUGGUGGCCGAUGUGCACAGGACUUUGCUGUAUGGUGGUAUCUUUGGUUACCCCGAUGACAAGAAGAGCAAGGAUGGUAAGCUGCGUAUGCUCUACGAGGCCUUCCCCAUGUCCUUCCUUACCGAACAAGCCGGUGGUGUCGCUACCACCGGUAAGGAACGUAUCCUCGAUGUCGUCCCCACCUCCAUCCACGGCCGAUGCCCCGUCUUCCUUGGUUCCAAGGACGACGUUGAAGACUUGAAAAAGUUUUACGUCGGCUACGAGAACCCCGAGAGGAACUGGUAAAUCGCAUGAAGCUGUAGGGGGUUAGGCAGAAUGACUUGGAUUUCUCUUUUGGGAAUUUGUACUAGUUGAGUAACGAGAGGAAAGAAAGGAAACAGUGAGAAGUUGAUCAUAGACUGUACUUGUGAACAUCAUCAUGCACCCGACAUGACUAUUGCUCCGUUUCUAUGAUUCGUCUUCUCCAACAAUGGCACGGUGGCGGUUCUGGCAUCAAGACGUUCAUGAUAAUCGUAAAAUAAAAUGCAGAUAAGGGUCCUUAAACAACCCAAACAUCGCCCAAACAAUCCCACUCUCGCUCAACAGUACCCUUCCGACCACUACCUCCCCUCGUCCUGUCCUCGGUUUCCCCCUUCUCACCAUCGGCGUCAUCAUCAUCAAACCGCAACACCCUCAAUCCACCCAGCACGCCAACCCCAGUAUCCCACCCCAAAAAGUCCCAGGACCAUUCUACCGAGGCUUCCCAGUACUUUUUGCCCUCCUCUCCUUCUGUUGGUGUUGAGGGUUUGAUCUCGGGGAUCGGCCCGGGGAUCGGGGUAUUCUCGCCCUCGCUUUUGUCUGCUCCUUCUUCUUCGGCGUUUUCUGCUGAAACUGAAAGGUCGGGGGGAGGAGGAGCAGGCGCAGGCGCAAGUAAAGGUGGUGGAGGGAUAGAAAACCAAUCCACCACCUCCCUCACCUCUCCUUCUCCAACAUCAUCCAAGAACGUCAACGAAUUACCCAUAUGAUACACCUCCACCACCCUCGCUUCCUCUCCUGAAGCGGCUUUCCGACCUUGGCCUGAAGUGUGCGAUUGCCCAGACCCGACCCGGGCCAUGGCAGCUGCCACCCCCAUCGCAGCUGGAUAAGCCGCAGGCCUGUA